AACAAGCAACCAGCGCUAAGAUCAACGGAUGAUGUAAAGUAUAUUUUACCUUACGACUGUCAGCUACAUCUUGGGUGCAAACAAGGAAGGUAAUUUAUCCUCUGUAUUAACGACGUUUCUUCUACAGGAAGUUAUAACGUUCACUAGUUCCAGGUCCUUUCCUAUUCGAAAAGAGCAGGUGUUGGAUCCACAACAUGGCGGAAGGCGCAUUUACGAAGGCCGUUAAUCAAAAAUACCCUGGAUUUACCUAUGAGGCCGAAGGGAAGUGGAGAGGCCCUUUCUGUUUCGUCCAUGCAGCAGACACACAGUUUGGCUUGAUUGACUCGUGGAAUGGAGUCCCGCUUGCCGAGCAAAAGUGGGAGAAGGAGAUCGUGUUAACACGUAAGGCUAUCGUGGCCGCAAACAACUUGUCACCGAAACCUAGAUUCUUUGUGGUUUGUGGUGAUCUCGUUAACGCGUUUCCUUGGGAAGAAUAUAAUGAUUCACAGGCCGAGGAUUUUAAGAAGGUUUUCAAAGAACUUGAUCCGAGCAUACCACUAAUAUGCGUGUGUGGAAACCACGAUAUUGGAGAUUCGCCAACGCAACAGUCAUUACAGAAGUACCGCAGCAAUUUUGGCGAUGACUUUUAUUCUUUUUGGGUUGGAGGAGUCUUCUUCAUUGUUCUCAAUAGCCAAUUUUACAAAGAUGCAAGUCAAGUGAUUGAUCAGAAACAAGAACAAGACAGAUGGCUGGAUGAACAGCUUGAGUUUGCAAAAUCAUGCGAUGCACAUCAUAUUGUGAUGUUUCAACACAUUCCUUGGUUUUUUGGCAAUCCUGACGAGAAUAACGAUUACUUUAAUAUCGAGUUAAAUCUACGCAAACAAAUGCUAUCGAAAAUGAAAAAUGCAGGGAUCAAAUAUGUAUUUGCUGGUCAUUAUCACAGAAAUGCUGGUGGCUUUGAUCAAGAGUUGGAAAUGAUUGUCACGAGUGCUAUUGGCCAGCAAAUUAACAAUGAUAAAGAUUCUGGGAUGAGGAUUGUAUGUGUGGGCUCAGAAAAAAUUACACAUGAAUAUUAUGAACUUGACAGUGUUCCAACCUGCGUAGCUCUCUAGUUAUCUGUUUGAUAUUCAUCUGUGUGGAAGAUUUAUGAAAAUCCUGUGCAGUCAGAUCCAAAAAUGAAAACAAGUUAUGAUUUCAAGAAUGAGAGGUAUCCUUUUCAUCAUGUUCUGCCCAUUGAACCAACUUUACUCAAGAGUCAUUUAAUUUCAAACACUAGUUAUCAGCUCAAUAUAAUCAUAGGAAAUUUUAUCAGAGUUGGGUUAAGAAUAGACUUUGUCAGGGACCCCAAGUCCUGUUGUUUAUUUGCUUAGUACCUGGUAGCUUGUACUGUACUGAUAAUUUCAUUAAAUCAAUAAAUCAGUUAUUACUUUGAAUUACAGUUUUUAAGUAAUACUUUGAGAAAGAAUACCAAUUCAAUUAUGGCUUUGGCAAGAAUAGCUUUCUAGGGAACUACCAAAAAGUAAUGGGAUGGUUAGAAGGCCAGUAACAAAGUAAAUAACAAGUGGGGGUGAACUUUUAUGUCAAUAGCACUUACAUGUAAGCCUGGAAAAACUAAGAGACCAAUAAUUCACUUGUGACAGUGGUUACAUGUGGCACAUAAGUGAGAAUAAAGAAAAAACCAAUCUUGCAUCUUCCUUCAACAUGUAACUAGAUCAUUUGAAUGCAAUUUUUCUUGCUUUUAAUUUAUUUUUUAUUUCUUGAUGUGUGCCAUAUUUAUUUAGAAGAUUAAAACAGAAGCUGUUUUAAUGGCAGUACAGCAAAUGUAGUUGGUUCUAUCAGUUACCUGCUGUCCUAUCCUAUAAUGUAUUAAAACUUAUUUUUACUGUCAUGUUAAUCACUAUUAAUAUGACUUUGUAUGGUUUGUAGUUAUUGCACAAAUUUUAGAUUAUAAAAAAUAAAUUGAAAGGAAGCUUGAUCUGUAUGCAUUACUGAAAUAGUACCACUUAUAAAGCCAAUGGCAAUAUUACGUAAUAUGUCCUUGUUUACAAUGCAAUUGUAAAUAAUGUUUAUUUGAUUCUUAGGUGGCCUGUAACACUUCCUGAGUCUUUGCUUGAAAUUAGUACUUAUAAGUUUUAAGCUUUAAAUUUAAGUUUAUUCAAGUCUGAGAAACUUUGUCUUAGUUUCCACCUUACACUGUUAACUCAGUACAACAAAUGGAUAUGAUUUUAUUCACUACAUGUACCUUACAAUGACUUUGUAAAGUUACUGUAACAACUGGUACUUCAUUUCUGUAAGUAAUAGACUUCAUAAUUAUAUAGAGGACGUAAUAGGGAUUCAUCUUAAGCAUGAUGUUGAAGCUGCCAGUUGUUAAUCCUGUAAUUUUUAUCCCUUCAAAAGAAUUGCAGAACAAGAAGAACCUUUCAAGAACAAAUGUGAAUAUUUCAAGGAAUUUUCAGACAGUAGAAAUUUGAUUUUGCAGUGAACAUCAUGCUUAAAAUCUUGUCUCUUGUCACAUUUGAUCAAAGUCUCCAAUCACAACUCAAGGAUGGACACACAGGUCCUCUUAUUGUACAUUCAAUGGGUAAACUUGUUUCACACAAACAUACAUGUACUUUUCAGUACCCAAAAUGGAAGAUACAUUUUGAACUAAGGAUUAAAAUAACUGUUUAAAAUUGUGAAAAUGAUGAAAAUCAUGAACUUUGAAUUUUGACAUUACUUCAUUGUUAGUACUUGUGCAACAAGAAUCAUAAAAUAACCACUGAAUUCAGAAUUGCUUUCCUGAAUAUUUAUAAACAUUUUUAUAACUUACAGAGUUAAGAUACUCAAUACUAUAUAGAUCCUCAAAAAUAUAUAUCAAUGCUUCGC